UGGUCGAGAUUGAAUAUAUUUUUACGUGUAUUUUAGUGAAUGAAAGCGGCAAAGACCCCUCGGUAAUAUAGCGUUGAAGCUGCGAAAGAAGGCUAUCGCAAGGCAGCAAUGUGCAAGUGGAAAGGGGCGGUCUGAUUCCCUGGCAUACAGUAUUCGGAGUGUCUUCUAUCUGUGUAGCCCGUUUCACAAAAUGAUUCACAAAAUAAUAGCUCGUAGUGUUGUCGUUGAGACCAGGACCGUGGCGAGCUAUCUCGCAACCGGGCGUGUAAGGAAAAUAGCAGGCUGGUUCGGAUCAAGAAAUUAUAGGGCUGAAACUUCCGGAGGAGUAUUGCUGGAUUCAAUGGAGCCAAUUGUUUUUGGAUCGUCCGUCAUCAUGAAAAAGGGGAUUAACAGCGUCGUAAUCAAUUUGUUAAGCACCAAAUGGAGUCGAACACUGUUCCGUUUUGGGCGUACGCGGUAUCGGAGCACACUCGAGAAUGAUGUAUAUCCUAGAUUUUGGAUCAUUCCAAUCUUGCUCCAAGGCCACCAUCUCGAGCGGGAGUUGAAGCCGUGCGACAACCUCAGCGAUCCGUUGCUUGGGGGAAACCAUGGUUGUGCUGCAGUAGGAGAAAGGUCGAACAUACAUAAAGACACAAGGAGAGUCCCAUUCUAUCGUGUUCAAUGCGUAAGCUAAUGAUGGUCAUGCCUAGGUAGUCCAGAGGCCGAGGACAUGCCAGACUUUUAGGGCCGACUUUGGCGCCGUAUGGCCUGCCGCCUGCAAGGGCUCAGACUGGGCAGCCGAGUUCGCGCCCCAGGAUGGACCGGCCUCUCUUGACACAGCUGGUUAGGCCUAGUAUUGUGCCGCCUGUUUGGGUCUGUUUCUCUAAGGUCGGAAUCCGAGGACCAUUGUAUCUUGGCGGCCGAUGAGCGAUAUACGACAUUGACUAUCUGCAUGCCUCCUGUUCGAGUACUCAGUCAAGCAGAUAGACCUCUAGCACAAGACACUUUUUGUGCUGAUAGUCAAAAGGGGGCCCCCUUGCCUCGAGCCCCUGCAUUCCGUCAUGCAAAUUGUGCUUGAUGAACACGCCGUGGAGCUG